AGAUUUUUGUAAAGAGGAAAAUGGUGCGCGUUGUAUUUUUUUUUUUUUUUUUUUUUAAACAGCGUGACUGGGUCGACAAUCAUUUAGGUUAGUUUUUUGGAGUUUUUCUUAACUAAACGCAGUUUUUACGUGACCUAGAUUCCUUGAGGAUAGAUGUCUAAUCCGAGGAGAUAAAACAGGAUAAUCCUUUGCACACUUUACUUCAACUCACCGAGCAGGACUGUCGAACUUCUGAUCAACAAGUGAGCAGUUCCUCCUCUCCGACAUCUUUGAAGAAAUACAAAUUCAUUAAAAAAAAAUGAUUGGCGGCGCGGGAUUAAAAAUCAAGAAGGUCACGUGACACGCGAAAGAGACACUUUCUCCCCCCACCCCCUCCUCGCGCCAGGUGUGCGCGAGCCUCCGGGAAUGAAAGUUCCUUCAGAGCGCGAGGACGCGACAUGGCAGUCUGCGGGAGGAGGCAUCGAAAAAAGCCACUUCUUUUGCUUUUUGCCGCCUGUUCUCUGGGGUUUUUAAUUUUGUUAAGGUACAAUUCCGAAGACCCGCGCGAGCCGAGCCGACAGGAGGCCUCCGAGGAGCUGAACGACGACGAGGAGCUGAAGAAACCCGUCUACGAGAAACCACCGCUGGAUUUAAAUGCUCUGGGCGAACUGGGAAAAGCUGUCAAACUCCAUCUGAAGGGACAAGCGAAACUACAAGAAGAGGAGAGCAUCAGAAAGCACCAGAUUAAUAUUUACCUGAGUGACAGGCUGUCAUUACACCGCAGGCUUCCGGAGAGAUGGAACCCGCUUUGUAGAGAGCUGAAAUAUGACUACCGGUCCUUGCCAACGACCUCUGUGGUUAUCGCCUUCUACAAUGAGGCCUGGUCCACCCUGUUGAGGACUGUCCACAGCGUGCUGGAAACAUCUCCAGACAUCCUGCUGAAGGAGGUGGUGCUGGUGGACGACUACAGUGACAGAGCUCAUCUGAAGGAGCCAUUGGAGAAAUACAUUGCAGGUUUAAGAAAGGUGCGUCUCAUUCGGGCCACCAAGAGAGAGGGGUUGGUCAGAGCACGAUUACUAGGGGCAACCAUUGCCACAGGUGACAUAUUGACCUUCCUGGACUGUCACUGCGAGUGUCACGAGGGUUGGUUGGAGCCACUUCUCCAAAGGAUCAAAGAGAACCCCUCAGCUGUGGUGUGUCCUGUCAUUGAUGUGAUUGACUGGAACACAUUUGAAUAUUUAGGCAACCCCGGAGAACCUCAGAUUGGAGGAUUUGAUUGGCGGUUGGUUUUUACUUGGCACAUAAUCCCAGAGCAUGAGCAGAAACGGCGGAACUCGCCUACUGAUGUCAUCAGGUCUCCCACUAUGGCAGGUGGUCUCUUUGCCGUGAACAAGAAAUACUUCCAUUAUCUGGGGACUUACGACACAGGCAUGGAGGUGUGGGGAGGUGAGAACUUGGAGUUCUCUUUCAGGAUUUGGCAGUGUGGGGGCAGCCUGGAGAUCCAUCCGUGCUCCCAUGUGGGCCAUGUUUUUCCUAAAAGCGCCCCUUAUACACGGCAGAAAGCUCUGGCAAACACGGUGCGUGCUGCUGAGGUGUGGAUGGAUGAAUUCAAGGAAGUCUACUACCAUCGGAGCCCCCAUGCACGACUGGAGUCCUUUGGGGAUGUGACAGACCGCAGGAAACUUAGGGAGAUGCUGGGCUGUAAGAACUUCAGGUGGUAUCUUGACAACAUUUAUCCUGAUAUUCACAUACCAGAGGACCGGCCGGGCAUGUUUGGAAUGCUGAAGAAUCAGGGAAAGGUCAACUACUGUUUUGACUACAAUCCUGUAGAUGAAAAUGUUAUAGUGGGACAACGUGUCACUUUGUAUAUCUGCCAUGGCAUGGGUCAAAACCAGUUUUUUGAGUUCUCCAUGGAUGGUGAGAUUCGCUACAACACAAGAGAACCUGCUGGUUGUGUCGCAGGCGACAACAUUUCGACCUACUUGACUAUGCAGCGGUGUAAAAAACGAGGGGAGCCUCAACCAGCGCAACAGAAGUUUGUCUUCCGAAAGGACCGGACCCUGUACCACGUACAGAGCGAGAAGUGCGUCCAAGCGGUAGAUAAGACGGACAACGGAACACCAGCCCUCUCACUCCAACCCUGCUCCGACAGCCUUAACCAAAAGUGGUACUUUGAGGAGAAAUUGUAAUGGCAUCAAUCUGAAA